AGCAGACAGACGUUUGGAUUUGACAUUUCACUUUUUCUCAAAAAUCGUCCAAAGGUCACUGUUAUUUCCUGUUCGUUCAUAAUUUUAUUAGUCAGAUGCAAUUCAAAUGUUUCGUCGUGUUUAAUGAAUUUUCUGUGACCAUGCUUUGAUUAAUGAUUAUUUCAAAUUGUUUCAUAAAAGUAAAUGAACAAGUUGCAAGGUCAACCCUGGUCAACCGUUGGGAUUUUUGCUGCUGUCACAAAAUACUUCUAUAAGAAAAGGGAGAACAUACUCAAGCCAUUUGUCAUCGAGUCUCCAAUAGUCUAACACAGGACCUACCACUUACACCACAGGAAUAACUAAUAGAACAGCAACUGUCUAAAUCAAGUGUACUCUUCCUUGACAAAUGUUUUCAACCACAUGACGAAUUUCCAGAAGGGGAAACCGUGUCAAGUAGCUCAGUGCUAGCCUUCGUGUCAGAAAAUUUCUGUUUGGGAAGACUGUAGCAGUUUUGGCGGCUUGUUCUGCACUGAUCUUGAAAAUCAACAUUUUAAUGAAGGCAAUUCAUCAAUAUUGAACCAAUGUGGUGCUGUGCGGGGUGGCUUGCUAAUGCCUUUAUUACCUCAGCAGCAAAGGUCGAUGAUUUUUUUGAAAAACGCUUUGAUAGCUGGAAUCAAUCUUUCAUCAAAAUUUAAUGCACCUGGGCAACCUUCAGGAAUAGAAGUUGGGCAACUAUUUUUGAUUCCAGUGUCACUAAUCGUGGUCCCCCCGGAAACAAGACAUUCAGUUGGCCCCGGCUUGCAGCUUGUUCGUACUCGAACUGCACCUCCGUUAAUGAGCCAAUAUGGAUACGGUUGGUUCAACAACUGCCUUGCCUCCUCAACCAAUUCAGAUCACAGCCGACAGCUCUGUUCAACCGUCCAAAGAGUGGCAACAAUCGCUGGACACUGAACUGCGUUCCCAUACAAGGCAUAAAAUCGCUCUGGCAAUCGCACCUACUCCAGAUGUCUACGCCAAAUUGUUGGAGCAUCACGAUAUAGUGGGUUUUGUUGUGAAACUGGAGAGUGACAUGUACGACAUUUCCGAUUCGCUCUCCGAAUACUGUAAACUCGCAGAUACUAUCAUGUUUUACUUUAAAGAAAUCCCGUAUGAAACAUAUUUACAACACAAACAGGCAAAGGUAACACUAAGUCAUGCUCUGACAAUGCCAUUGCAACAAUUUACUUCCACGCCUUUGAGUCAUGAUCCGAUGUCUGGUGAUCCGAUUCCACUUCAACAACAGCAGAUGAUUCUUUUGAGCAAGGUGAUGGAACAAUUGGAUGAAAACAACCCUUCUUAUGCCUGUCAGUGUGUUCCUCUUAGUUCCACAAAUCACGUUCCUGCUCAAAACGCGACACUACAGUCUCAGGAGAAAGGAAUCGAUUCGACCACGGCUUGCCCAUGGAGUCCCCAGAACAUGUGCCAGUGUUGGCUCCAGCGACAGCAAUUCACAUCAGUGCCUGCUAUCGGCACUCAGUUGUCUGCUCGGACUCCAUAUUGCGAUUUCACCACGGAUCCCUUCUGUAAAAAUCUACUGCCAUGUCAUGACAUAGACGAUCCUAUUCAACCGCAUUUCGCGCAAACAAAUUUUCAAUCCUUCCAGGAACAACAAUCAGAACCUCCAAGCAACAAACCAGUUUUGAAGUCUAAUGUGCCAUGGAUUGAAGAAUCUGAACAGGAACAGUUCGGAACCGUGCCAAGAAGCGGAAUGAAGAUGCUCCCUUCGAUUUUGUGCAGUUCCGAGACAACAGAGGGAAUUAACCGAAUCCAAAUGCCCAACGAACUCAUGCAACAACUGCAACAAAUAACUGACAUGGUGCCAUUAAGUCUGGAUCGUUGCAUUGAACUACUAUAUCAAAGUCUUCCUGGGUGGUCUCAAAUCAAUGUUAUGAACAAUCCCGUCAACAGUCGUUUGCCUUUUUCCCGUGCCAAUAUCAAUCUAAACGUGUCUCAGCAACAGUAGCAGCAACUUACUAGAAGAUACAAGUCAGCUUUAUAAAGUGCAGAUAGAAGUUACGAAAAAACAGAUAUGUUAGUGGUAUUGUAUACCAGUUUAACCAUUCCAUUUUAGCGGUGCGGGAUGAAUAUCGUUACCGAUUGUGUCCUAAGAACGGAAUCAACAAAUUGGUCAGCAACAACUACGAUUUGGCGUUGUCCAGGUCUCCAUUAAAAUAAAUGUUCUUCUGGUUGAUCCAUUCUAGAGUGUUUGAAUCCAGCAGAAACUGCUCGUUUGCAACGUUAUCCACAAAAACGGGUAGGGUAAAUUUAGCGUCUUCUUUACUGCAUUUUUUGUUUAUUGAUUAAUCCGUAACACAGAGAAGUUUUAAACAUUGUCAUUUUCGUGUGUUUCAUUUGGAUUUGAGUUAAAUAAGGGAUCGUUUUUUAAAUAUCUAGACUGUUGUGUAAAAUCCCUAUCAUAUUUCAUCUGUCCUCAUCAUUCCGUUAAAUUUUGUUUGCGUUUCUUUGUUUAUGUGUUAAGUCAGAUUCAUAACCUGACUGACUGUUAGAGUUAGAAACAAAUGAAUUAAAAAACGUUGUAUGGCACGGAAUUAAAUAAUAGCAACCGAAUUCUUUGAUUUAA